AUGACCCGUAUUUCAGGACCCCGCCGUGCUCGCUCUGGGGACCCAGGCCGUCGUGAGCGAUGGCACAGCUUUGUUCCCAAGGAGCAGCAAGCCCCUGAGGCAGACCCGUCUGAUCCUUCAACCCAUGACCAGGAGACCGGUAUCCCCGUGCGGAGGGCCAUUCCGGCUUUCAUACCGCCCUUUGGAAGUCAGUAUGCCGAGUCCCACGAGGACCUCGAGCAGCAUUCCCACGCAGCUGCGGCGGGAGGGCGAAACGCGGCGGAUGUCGAGCCACAGAGCGACGAUCGAUGGUCGACUACUACUACGAUGGAAGGAGAUCUGUCUUCUGUCCCGCACUAUUCCGCCCUACUACUGCGCGCUCUCAUGCGUCCUCCUCCUCCUCCUCCUUCGUUGUCGAGGACUGCAUACCCCGAAGGAUGCUCGGACUCGGAAGACCUCGCACACCUCGCCUAUCUCGAAGGAUACGCUCCGUCGUACGCGCCCUCUACGACCGGUUGGUAUCCUAUGACCGAUGGCGUGCGUCGGACGAAAGCUGGGGAACUCUCUGUGGGCUACAACGAGCUUGAAGCUGAAGGCCACACCGACGACGACGACGACGACGACGACAAGUACGCGUACGACGAAGACUACGAAUCAUCCCCCGAACCCUCCGUCGCCUUGAACAUCUCCAACGCCAACGAAUCUCUCCAAGGCGCUUUUGAAGCCAUCAUCCUGAAAUACGAGGCGCAUCCGGAUCAGAAGCUCACCCGUCAGGGUCGCAACGAGCUCUUCGAACCCCUCUUCGAGCGCAUGGAAGAGCACCCUCUGCUUCGACGCAUGAGGGAUAGUACGUUUUUCCCCAACCUUGUCACGGACAUGUCCAUGUGGCUGGCAGAGAAGCAAGCAGAGGAUGCGGCAGGGGCUGCGGAGCGAGAGCAGCUUGGACGCCGCCGUAAGACACGAAGAACCGCGAGAAGGUCCUUGCCGCUGUGA